CAAGAAGAUGUUGCUAAAACUUCAACAUCACUGGUAGAAUUUUUCGAUUGUAUGGCGUUUCGGGAUCCGAAUACAAGAAAAUAUUGUGCUAUAAUUCAAUAUGCAUCAGAUGGCAGUUUAAAAGAAUAUUUGAAAAGUGAUUAUUAUAAAACUUCAUGGCCUUUACCGGAUAAGCUUGUACACCAAUCUGUACGUCAAGAUCUUAAGUCUGAGCGUGAUGAAAGUUAUGAAGAAAACAGGAG